UGCAGACAUUUCCAGUCUUACUGUUGGCUGUUGCUUUCCUAAGGACAGCAAAGACAAACUGGCCUAAUUUGAUCAGUUUUAAGUGCUGUUGCUCAGAAUCUUUUGACAGUAGUGAAACCAUCAAGAAUCACAUCAGUCUCACUCUGCUGCUGCUUGGGAAAUUAUGAAGUGUAGCAGAGUCAAGCUCUGAGGGUGUAUCCACACUACAAAAAAGGAUGUGUUUAAUACAUGCUAGUAGCUAACACAUGUUAAGUCCUAGUGUAGACAAGGCAGUUGUAGUUUUAAAAUGUUUUAGCUGGUUGACGUAACCACAUUUUCCCUAGCAUAGACAAAGCCUGCUUUUAUUCACAGGAAAAUGAGGGUGAGGUACAAGCAGUUGGAACUACACACUCUAAAGCCCUGUUUUGACAGGCAAAAAUUUGCUUCUAGGUAAUUUAAAAAAAUGAAGAUUUUUCCAUCAUGUCUGUCCGCACAGGAUCACUAAUGAGCUACAGUAGAACACAGGCCUUCAAACAGUUAAGUGCUCAAGAGUUGACCAAGCAAAGCAAUAAGGUAACUGUCUCCGAGUCAGUGUAUUCAUCGAAUGCUACAGUGUUUGCUCCAGCAAGGAUUAGCUGUCUUGCUCAGACACCUCAAAUUUCAGAUCUCUCAGAUGAGUAUUCAAGGCCAGCAGUGAUUGGGCAUGCAGGAAAUUUUAGAUCUUUCCUGGACAGUUCUGCAGCCAUCAAAGAAAUUCUUGCAUCUGUUCUAAAUGCAUCUGCUAUUAAAUCAUUUUUGUUGCCAGAGAAAACGGUAUUGCAGACAACUGAAGAUCCAGACAGUGAUAUGGAACACUGGGAGGAGAGUACCGAUGGUGAUUCUAAUGAUGACAGUGACCCUGAUUAUACACAUCACAAUGUUGCUUCUACACAAAUGGAUGUUAGAUUUAUGAGGCAUAAGGCAUCUUGGGAUAAUACUCAGUGUAGUUCUUCUAAAUCUUCACUGGAUUCCUCAUCAUGCCCACUUUAUCCUGGCAGAAGCCCCAUCACUUCAGCUUUAAAUAGCUCAUCCCGUUUGGAAAUGUCUCCUCUGAAAUGUGAUUACUUUGCCCAAGUGACAUUAACUGGAGGCACUAUUACAUCGUUGGUGAACUCUGCUAUUAUGUGUUCAGAAAAAGAACUUAACUCUUCAAGUUCACCAGACCAGCCUUUGGCUUUUAAAGGAGUUUCUCCAGAUUCAACAGCUAAUGAGCUGUCAGCAGUAUUUAGGAAUUCUGAGUCUUCGGAACCCAUGCCACUCUCAGAUGAAGGCAGCAAUGCUUUGCACCCGUGUUCACAGUCAGCGCCCUCUGAUCAGCAAGGUGCUACUUCAGCUUUAAGCAUAGGAGCUAUUUCCUUGAACCGUUCCUUGCAGAAUAUCUUCAUGCUUCCUGUAGAUGUGGAGAAGGAGAAUGCACACUUUUUUGUUGCAGAUAUGAUCAUAGCAUCUUUGGAAAAAAUGAAGUGCAGUAUCCUAAGUCAACAUGCAGAGCCCUGGAAUACAGAGGAAACCAGUGGAUCACUAGGCAGCUAUCAGCCUGAUUCAGAAAUAUCCUCUUAUACCAGAGUAAAGACACAAUCUGCUUCUUCUGCUUCUUCAGACAGUGGCUAUGAAGGUUGUGCUGUGCUGCAGGUCAGCUCAUCAGUAAAUUCACCGUCACAUCAUGAGGCCGGUAGAUUUCACUGCGAUAGUGACUCAGAUGAUGAAUUUGUAAUUAUUGAACUUGAAGACUUGGAAAAUAUUGCAGCAUCUCUAGAUAAAAGCUUAUCUUUUGAUCCAAGCUGCAAUUCUGCUGAAGUAACAGCGCAGAAGCUUUACCAAGAGUUCAGGAAACAGUUUCUGUCCGUAACCAAUAACGUUCAGCUGUCUAGGUGCCUGAACACAACUAAGGAGAAAUAUGCAAAUAAAGAAAAUAUUCCAAAGGAACUUGAGUCUAGUGGGAAUCUGGCAGAAGAAAUAAAGGUCAAAGCCAGAUUAAGAGGAACCACAGACUGGGCCCCACCUAGGUUUCAAAUAAUAUUUAGUAUUCACCCAUCACUCAAGAGAGAUGCCGUUGUAGCUGCACAAAACUUUACUUGUGCUGGUUGUGGAACCCCAAUAGAACUCAAAUACAUCAGGAGACUCCGCUAUUGUGAUUACCUGGGGAAGUACUUCUGCGACUGUUGCCAUAGUUAUGCACAAACUUCCAUCCCUGCCCGAAUAUUGAUGAAAUGGGACUUCAAAAAGUACUAUGUCUGUAACUUCUCCAAACAUCUCCUGCUCAGCAUAUGGCAAAACCCCAUCUUCAAUGUGUCAUGUAUCAACAAAACCCUGUAUACAAAAGCAAAGGAACUGAACAGAGUCAGGGAGAUACAAGAACAGCUUUUGCAUAUUAAAAAACUACUGAAAACCUGCAGGUUUGCUAAAAGUGUAUUGAAAGAAUUUGAACAGGUCUCCAGCCACCUGACGACAGAGCUGCAUCUGUUCUCAAUGGAUGACUUGGUGAAGACCAAACGAGGGCUGUUAGUGCCUCUUCUCAGGGAUAUUCUAAAAAGCUCCAUAUCUCAUGUAGAAAACUGUGAGCUUUGUCAAGCCAAGGGAUUUAUUUGUGAAUUUUGCCAGAGCUCAGAUGUACUCUUCCCAUUUCAGAUGGCUACAUGUAGCAGAUGUACAGUUUGCAAAGCGUGCUUCCACAAUCAGUGUUUCAAGUCUGGAGAGUGCCCCAAAUGUCUGAGAAUAGCUGCUCGGAGGAUGUUUUUGGAAUCUCCAUCUGUGGCUAUGUGAGACCGGAUUACUAUGAAGAGGCAUGCAGGUUUCUGUAUAUACCUCUGAAGAAACUAGAUACAGAUACAUAUGGUGUCUAUCUACAGGUUGGAUAAUGUUGUUUUAAACAUUGGUAUUUUUAAAUCAUCCUGCCAUGUUAACACUUUUUAAUAUGACUUUUUUUAAAAAAAGAAUAAGGUUUAAAUAUUAUGCUUGAAUACCUAUCCUGACAGAAAAUAGUUUUUUAUUGGGAUCAGUUUAAGUGUAUGUUAAUGCCAUCAUUAAUAUUUUGCUGCUACUGGUUUUUUACUCUUUUAUUUCUGAACUUAAGUUUUUGUUGUUGUUGUUUUAUUGUUUUAUAUUUGACAAGUUGACAAUUCCCAUAUGUAACUUUUCAUGCAAUGUAGAGAAAAUAAACAAAAUUGAAAAACUC